CACUUUAUGAAAACGUUAGUAAACAAUGGUCGAGGAGCCUUGUAUAGUGAGGCUGUGCUACUGUGUACUCUCCUGUCCCUAGUGCUCUAAGUAUUUGUUUAAUAGCAUCAUGGGGUCGUCCAAGAAGAGUAAAGAUAAAGACAAGACUAGAGAGGAACGUAAAGAGAAGAAGAGGAAGAGACGGUCAAGAUCUGGUUCACGGGAGAAGGACCCAGAGAGGAAGCAUCAUCAUAGGCAUCAUCACAAGCACAAGAAGCAACGCAGUAAGAGGCGUGAGGACCGUUCUCGCUCCGUCUCACCGAGCUUCAGCGAAGACAGUCUCUCUGAUGUUGAACAGCUGUUGCAGUUAAAAGAUGAAGGUCAGUACAUGUCACGUGCAGGAGCAGGACUACCGCCACCACCGAAGAACUCUGCUCUACCAUCAUCAAGAUUUUCAGCCCCUCCACCCCCCAAAAUUUCCAAACGGUCUCCUUCCCCUCCUUCAACGCUGUUUCAAGGGGGUGGAGGUGGGGGGGAUGUUUCACUUUCAAUUGACGAAACAAACAAGAUUCGGGCAAAAUUAGGAUUAAAACCCCUUAAGGUUGAUUCAAUGCCUAUAAAGGAAGAUGAUGACCAGGGAGCUGAUGGAGAGGACAGGGAGGAGAAGAGCGCCUCGAGCAAGCUUGACGAGUUCGUCCACAAACCCGCGGAGAGUAUUACCCAAAAGUUACAGGUAGAAAAGCUGAGGGAGAAAAUUGCUGCACAGAGAGAAAAGCGGCGCAUCAAGGAGAGGUUCCAAAAAGUGAAGAAUCUCGGUGACUCUGACAGUGAGGAGGAGAGCGCUAGAGUCUGGGUGAAGAAGUCACGAAAAUUGACAAAGGAAAGGGAACUGGCAGAGAAAAAGAGCAAAAUGUUGGAAGAGUUGGAUGCCCAGUUUGGUAUUGGUGACUUAGUGGAGGCAGACAUGACUGAGCAGAAGGUCAAGAAGUACAGCUAUAAUGACUUGUCAGGUCUCCAGGUUCAGCAUGAGUUUACAAGAUUUGAUACUGGUGGGCCGACCAUUUUAACCCUGAAGGACAGUAAUGUGUUAGAUGGUGCUGAAGAUACAUUAAUAAAUGUCAACAUUGUGGAUGAUGAGAGAGCCGAGAAGAAUCUGAAAAGGAAAAAGAAGAAGCUGGAUGAGGUGGAAUAUGAAGCUCCAGAAGUUGAUGAGUGGGGUAACAUUGUUCAGAGGACACUUCUUACCAAAUAUGAUGAGGAGAUUGAGGGAGAGAAGAAAAAGAGUUUCCGUCUUGGUAUUGGUGGAGGAGCCUUGGCCUAUGAUGAAAUGGUACCAGAAGCUGUGAGGAAGAUAGCAAAGUUACGUAAGCUACAGAACCUGGAGACCCCUCAAUCCCAGUUGGCGACAGAGUACUUGACUGAAAGUGAAAUGGUCAGCUUCAGGAAAGUUAAAAAGACCAAGAAAAAGAAGAAGAAGAAAUUAACAGCAGACGACCUGGAGCCAAUUGCAGAGGAGUCUCUUGUGCAUCUUGGGACAAGGAAUGCAAGACAAGCAAGAUUAGAGGCAUUGCAAGUUAUUGAUGAUGAUAUUAGUGAUGGAGGUCAAGAUCAGAACACACUUAACGUGGGUCGGACUCAAACACUCAGAGAUUUGCUGGAGGAAGAAGAGGAAAAGGUAAAAAUGGAGAUAGACGACGUUGAGGAAGGUAACGAGAGUGAACAGGACGAUGUUGAGCUCCAGGAGGCGUUAGCCCGUUCCCGCAGAGCUAAGAUUGCACAGGCUUCACAACCCAGCACUGAUAAAAUUCUAGACUUAAUGAAAGAGAAACAAGCAAAGAUAGAAGAGGAGCCAAUGGAGGAAGAUGAUGAUGACGCUGGUCUGGUGAUGACACUCAACACUACUGAUGAAUUUUGCCGCACACUAGGAGACCUCCCUACGUAUGGCCUCUCUGGUAAUCGUGCAGAUGAUGACCAAACUAUGCUACAACUUCAGCAGCCAAGGGAGAAAGAAGCACAGGAGCCUCGGGGAGCCUGGGAGGAAGUAGGCAUUGAUGACACCCGCGUGGAGAUCAGCGAUAGCAUGACUGUUCCCAUCCUGGAGGAGGAACCUGAUGCUAGCAAGGGUGUUGCCAAUGCUCUUAAGCUGGCUCUCAAGAAGGGCUACCUAGAGAAAACCAAUGUUACUAAAUCUGCUAAUGCUGCCUUGCAACACCUCAGGGCUGUACAUUACAGUAUAGAGGACAAAGCUGUAGACGAUGAGCGUGGUCGGGGCCGAGGUGAGCGCUACAUGGGUCCAGUUACAGAAUUUAAAGACAAAGACAGCUACAAGCCCGAUGUCAAGCUGGAAUAUGUUGACGAUGAAGGACGUAAAUUAAAUGCUAAAGAAGCGUUCAGAUAUUUGUCCCACAAGUUCCAUGGGAAGGGUUCAGGUAAGAAUAAGACAGAGAAGAGGAUGAAGAAAUGGAACGAGGAGUUGCUGAUGAAACACAUGAGCUCCUCAGACACGCCACUUCAGACGCUGGAGCGACAGAGAGAGAAACAGAAACAACUUGGUGCGGCUUACCUUGUGCUCUCUGGGAGUAAGACUCAAGAGACAAUGGAGGUUAAGAAGUGAGGCCAAGAAAUAAUCAUGAGUUAAGAUAUGAAGUCUUUGGUGGCCACAUACAGCAAGUAAUGUUGAGAGUUAGCAUCUCAGAAGAGGAAUUCUUAUUGUGGUGGAGGAGGUUGAACACCAUAUUUUUUUCAGGUAUAAUGGUCAAGUAAAUUUCUGAGAUGAUUAUAAACUACAUGUGUGGCUUCCUGUCUGUUUUGUUUACAGAAAAAAAAUACUUAACAUUUUAUAUCACUAAAACUUUUUCUUUAUCUGAGGACGAAGUAAUGCUUACUUGAAGGUGGAUAUUUCAGAUCCCAAAGUUUAUUUAUUUAAGGUACCAUUGAGAUACAGCUGGAUACUUGUACUGUGUUUGAGUGUAUAUGUUAUUUUUUUGUGCAAAAUCGGUUGUUUUGCAAAAUUCCCAGCAUGCAUGCCAGGAAUUGUGAAAUAACUUACAAACAAACAACCUCGUGUAGAUUGAUACACAGUUAAGUGGUCCUGUUCUUUUUUUUUUAACUUUGGUUAGACUGUAUGCAAGUUAUUUUGCAAAAUUACCAGUGUGCAUGCUGGGAAUUUUGCAAAAUAACCGAUCUUGCAAAAAAAAUCGUAACAUAUACAUGGGUGAUCUGAUACAAGCUCAUGGUCAAAUGUUUCAGUGCCUAUCAUCUUAAUGUGCCAGAGAUGUAGUUGUGGUAACAUUAUGUAUAGAACUGUGUACUUAUGUAGUAAGUAAAACAGUGAAUCUUCUGUAUUUAAUAGGUCAAGAGAAACAUCAUUGGAGAGAAGUAUAUUUCUCACACAUACAUAUACCUUUAAGGAUGGACAAGGUCAACUGUUAACCACACAUACUGGUAGCUUAAAGCAGGCAUGAGCAACCCGCGGCCCAGACCAUGUGUUUGUGCGGCCCGCGGAGUGAUUUGAGAAAUUUUAUAUAAUGUGGCCCGUGGUUCAGGUAGAUACAACCAGUUUAUGGUGAGUAAAGCAAUAUUUAUUAAAAGAAUAAUCUUCACGCACAGUUCAAUACUGUUUUAUCACUUAAGUGUAAGUAACUACAAAAUGUAAUGAUGAAAUAAGUAUAUAUAGUCAACAAUAUAAACAUUUUAACUUGUGUGAGUUUACUGGCCAAGUUCGGUGUGGUUUGUUUGAUGGAUUAGCUGCUUUGUGGCAGUGGGUCACUUGGGAGUUAACUAAGGUUGGGUAAGUCCAAGUGGGGUCACGGGCGGUGGUCACACAGAGUUUAACUAAUUAAGUACGUAAAACCUCAAUAAAUCGGACUUUAAUAUAUCGGAGUUCGCUUUUUUCGGACCGAGGUGUUCUGGUCACCGGAAAUACAAAAAAAAGAGUCAUGUUUUAAGAAAUGAGGAAGAUUAAUAUAAAAAUUCUUAUGAAAUGAACAACACUUACUGAAUACUGUACAGUGGUCUAAUGAGAUUUACUAUAGGCCUACUGAGAACUAAGACACUUGAGUCUGUAAGCAGGCCUCUUUUGGGUUAUGAUUCAUCAUGAUUAAUAUAACAUCUUCAGUAAUAGAUAAAAAAUACAAUACUGUUUGUACUUUGUAAUAUGACUUGAAAAUAAAGGGAUAAACUGUAUCAGAAGGCUGUUUACUCAAAAUGCAUUCAUGUGACUUUUCACUAGACCAGCUUACAACAGGGGUCACUAUAACACACUGUAUAAUAUUUAAUAUGAAGAUACCUUCCUAACAACGCUAUUUACUACCUUUGAGUGUUAUAUGAUGGCUCAAUUUGGCUACUAUUGCACAUAGACAAAUGAUUAAUGAAUAAACAGGGUAUAUGCUGAUACACAAUAUUGUACACUACAAUAUUACUUAUUAAGUGAUGGUAAAUUUAUUAGUGGUGAUAAACACACUGCAAUAUUAUUUAUUAAAUGAUAAAUGCACGACUGUACUGUACUAAUUUUCUAAGUUUUGAAGACAGACAUUGUGGUAAGUUGAUCAGUUGUUUGCUCUUUGUAAACAUAUGACUCAUGAUGUUCAGUGUGGGAUUCUUUUUACAGGAAAACUGAUUCUUUUAGGAUAAUAUUUAUCAACCUGGUAUUAAAUGAACCUAAAUUAUAUGAGAAUUAUGGUGAAAUUGCAUGAAGUGUUUAAGAAAUCUUAGGGGAGGGAGCCACCCACCCCUGCUACCCCCUCAUCCCCCUUUGCCAGCUGCUCCCAGAUAAACACUCCUCUUCCACCUACAAUAUACUCCUGCACUUAUUUGUUCUGUACAGUAUACAGUUUUCUUUAUUCAUAAGACAAAUUCUGUGGUUGCUUACAUAUAACACUUUACAGUAAAUAACAAUCAUCUGGUGAAACAGUUUGACAAACAGACUUACAGCAAGUCUGAUUUUUAACCCAAAGAGUUCUGUUUCAUAAUUUUUUAUUGUUGAUGUAAUAUUCUUUAAUGACCUUGUUUUUUUCGUACUGGGGUCUGCCCCAGUUAGUCAAUUCAUCGAGGUUCUACUGUACUUCCAGAAUAACACAAACAUACCUAAAUCACACCUCGGAUACCCAUAGUUGGCAUGUAAUUAGCAUUGAAAUAAUGUCAUUAAAAUAUUCAAAGCAUU